AUGUCUACAGUUUUCACCAGCUCUCAAUUCAUGUUCCUAGUUAUGGUGAUCGUUGUUCUCUUGACUUUCACUAUUGACUCUUGUAAUUCUGCUCCUAUUGAUAAUACUACUGAAAUUCAUCUUUUUAAAAGAUUCACCGGUGAUAUGACUUACUACCACCUCGGUUUGGGUGCUUGCGGAAAAUACAAUAAUGAUAAUGAAUUAGUUUGUGCAUUACCUAAAGCUCAGUUUGAUCCUUAUACUCCAAAUGGUAAUCCAAAUAAGAAUACAAAAUGUGGAAAGCGUAUAAAGGUUACUCGUGGAAAAAAAUCUGUUGUUGUUCGAGUUGUGGAUCGCUGUGAUGGAUGUAAAUCUGGAGAUAUUGAUUUAUCUCCUGCCGCAUUCAAAAAAUUAGCCAGUCUCUCAGUGGGUCGCACCAAAUGUAGUUGGAAAUAUGUUUAA